AUGUGUAAGGAUGAAGUGAAUGUAAUUGUAGAGCAGUGCUCACCGGAAGCACUUGAAAAGGCGAUUUCUCUUGUAUAUCGUCGACUUUUGGCAAAUCUUUUAUUAGAUCCUGAUAACCCAAAAUUUCAAAUUGUUCGUAAGGAGAAUAAUUUUAUUCGUAAUAUCUUGACUCAAAUACCAGAUUCUGUAGUGGAUUCCUUAUUUAAUAGUAUAGGAUAUAAACUUCAAAAAAAUUCUGAUUCAGAACCAAUUUAUGUCUUUGAUGGUGAUAAAGAAAAAAUAAAAACUUCUGAUCGUUUUCUUUCUAGAAUUGAAGAAAAAAUAGAAGAAGUAAAAAAUAAAAAGAUUUUAUUUCAUCCUUUACCUCUUGAAUCUCGAGCAAAUGAAAAAACGGAAGAGAGACGAGAAGCAAUUCUUCAAGAAAUACGACGAGAUGCAGAAGAACGUCAAAAAGGAUUUAAUGAAGAAAAAUUUUCUUCAUCUAAUGAUUUAUUUAAUCAAGAUGAUUUUAAAUCGGUGGAACAUUUAAAAGAAAUAUCUAGACGAACAUUAUUAAAUACUGGUAGGAUAAGAAAUUCACUUUUUGAAGGACGUCACUAUACAUUGCGACGAAUGACACAUGGAAGAGUAUAUGCAUGUAAAGAAAGAUGUGGUAUAGAUUGUCUUGAAGCUCAUUGGCAUUUAUUUUCAGGAAAAAAUUUAAUGUACUCUUUUGUAGCUCAUUUAUCACCUGAUGCUAGCAAAGUAUUACAUCUUGGUGUAGAACAUGGUUAUCAAUAUAAUUCUUUACCAGGUACAAAAAAUUUUGGAAAAACAGUUCUUUUUAGUUCAAAACGAAUAAAUUCAAAUGAUGGUUCUCUUGAGUUUCUUGAACAUCCUGAUAAAUCUUGUGAAUCUUGUGUUUAUUGUGGCGUUCCAUUUUCAGAAUUAUUUUUGUAG